CCAAAAUUCAAAUAAGGGCGGACACUCACAACUCUCAUUGCCACCCCUCUACUUUGCCACUAUCCUUAUUUUCAUCAUAAAUCGUUUUGCGGUCGUUUUCUUUUGCAUUUGUUUUUCUUUUACGGUAUGCUAUCCCCCCCUAGAAAGACCCGGGAGGACCACUUUAAAGCAGUUUUCAAAACGAAAGAUGGACUGCCUCCCGCACCUUCAAAAAAGUUGAAAAAGGAACAGACCUUCGACGGGCACCAGAUCCAGACGACCGGGAUGACAUUUUUGCCAUCGGACCACGAUUAUUUCUUUCGGGCCGCGAAGAAGCCGCGAAGAGAAUAAAAAGUAGUGACUUUGUCAAAGGAUAAGAGCAGGGCCAAUUUUUGAAGGGACGAGAGGGUCAAAGCAGGCAGAAGCGCAAGGCUUUAUUGAAGGGACGAGAGGGUCACAGACUCACCAUGACAACCACGAGAAUUUCCUUUUCCCGCAGUUCCAACCUCCUUCCCCCCGAGGUGGGGUUCUCGGAGUCGGAGAGCGAGGGUGACUUUUCGGAGAGUGAAGACUCGUUUUUCCUCUGCAGCUCCGCAAACAAUCAUAACGUCAGUGCAGCGAAUGAUUGCUUUCACACUGCUGCGCAGGAAGGAUGCGAUGGACAAGAACGGCUUAGUACCUCGGAUCAAGUCUUGCUGGAGGAACUGCAGCAGGGUAGUACUGGUACUCUGCGAAGAAAGGGUGCUAGCCUGUCUGAAGACCUGGAACUCCUCGCAGAGGCAGCGUUGGCGCAGAAGAGGCGGAAGAAAGAGCAAAGGGACUUCAUGGCUCGAAAGGAUUCCUACGCGCACCUGCUCGAUGAUAACCACCCGAUGUGGCAGGUGGACAUGGAGGACAUCUUCAAAAACGCCGAUGAGUUGCUCUGUCCCCCCAUGGCACGACUGCUCCGGGAAGAGCAGCGCGCGGUCAAGCACUACCAGGGAAACAAGACGCAAGCCAGAUUAGCUUCGAUCGUGGAGGAGGAGACGAAUUAUGGGUCAAAUAAGAAAAACACGAAUAGUUGUAAAAGCGGGAACAUCAAAACUACCACUUCUAUUCAAGCCAAAUCUAGUACCGCAGCAGCCCUUUCUGCGGGGGUUCGGAAAGCACCAAUGUCUACAAAGAAAUGCAAAGCGAAAAUCCCGCGGCUGUCUUCCAUUUUACCAAGAACCGCUUUGUCCGAAGAGAUGUGGGAG